UACGCCGGAGCUAUCUUUCACAGACAUUCCACAAUCGGCCGUGGGCUAAUCGGAUCGAGUCCGGAUCGUCGUUCGACUUUUCUAGCGUUCGCGUGCCGUACGAUAGGAUCAUCUAGUUUCAUGACUAGAUAAUAAUUCGCUAAUAACAACAACAAUAAAAAUGCACGAAAAAGAAUUUCUGUUAACGUUGACCGUACUGUUGCACAUAUCGGCGUACGGUGUGGUUACCGCCGGAUCGCCAACCGGUGUGUACAUGGACAAUGGUGUCCAGACGGUCAAGCAAGAUUUCAUGUCGGUUGAGGAGCGAAAUGAAGUUGAACAAGAGAUACUGACCAUGUUUGGUGUGCCGAAAAUACCACGAAAAUCUCCAAAGAACCUGGACGGUUCGGCACCACAGUUUUUGUUUGAUGUCUAUAGAUCCAUACAACAAGAUGGUUCGCAUGACAGAAAAGAAAGAAGUGUUUCGGAUGUUGGUCAAUACGAUGAUCGUACUGUACAAGACAGUGAUGUCAUUGUCACACUAUACCUAUCAAAUCAUUCUCCAGUUAGUAAUGUUCGGCACGAACAUGGUAAACGGAUUUUAUUUGAAUUGAAUGAUGUACCGCCUGAGGAAACUCACAUGAUUACUUCAGCUGAGGUUCAUUUGUACCAAUCUGGUAGCUUAAGUAAUGUUAAGAAGUAUUCGGUAUCUUUGUAUCAAGUUUUAAUUUCAAAAAAUGGAGAAAAAGAAUUAGAAUUUGUGGAUACCCAAAACACUACAACAGAUUAUGAUGGAUGGCUUCGAUUUAAUGCAACUGGUACUCUAGUUUCAUGGACUCAUUAUUUAUACCCCAAUAGAGGAUUCUAUGUUUCUGUACAUUCUCAUGAUAAUCAAGAACACGAAAUCAAACCAGAAGAAAUUGGUAUGGUGACUUGGGCUGACAAACAUCAAAUAUCGGAAGCAAAAAAACCUUUUAUGGCUGUUUAUUUGAAGUCCAGAAAUGGAGGUAAUAUAGUUGGUGGUCCCUCUCUUCAAAAACAUUAUAGACGAAGAAGAAGGAAAACUGUUGAAAGUAGUUACAACUCAAACCCAUUUCAAAAUGCAGCAGAAGGGUUUCAAUCUAGAAGUUGUCAAAUACAAACAUUAUACGUUAGCUUUAGAGAUCUUGAAUGGCAGGAUUGGAUAAUAGCGCCAGAUGGUUAUGGUGCAUUUUAUUGCACCGGUGAGUGUAAUUUCCCACUCAAUGCUCAUAUGAAUGCGACUAACCAUGCAAUUGUUCAGACAUUGGUGCAUUUGAUGAGUCCUAUACAGGUCCCUAAACCAUGUUGUGCACCGACAAAAAUGGCUCAACAAGCAGUACUAUUUUUUUUGGAAGAUAAUAACGUUAUAUUAAAGAAGUAUAAGAACAUGAUAGUUAAAAGUUGUGGGUGCCAUUAAAAAUUACCCAUUUGAUUUAAAACAAAAGGUCUAUAUAUAUGGCCAUUUAAACAAAUCUGAUAUUGACAAUUAUUUAUAGGAAACUUUUUUUACUCCGUUGUCUUAAGAUUAUCGUUAACUAAUGUGUAAUUUAACACAACCAACUAUGGACACAGAUAAGAAAAAAACUUAACAAUUUCUAUAUUAAAUUUUUUAGGGUAUAGUAAUAUUUUAUUAACAGUAAAAGUGUAUAUUUUAAAUUGAUCAUAUUUAAAUUAACAAUAUUUUUCAUAAUACUAUAAACACUUGGAAUCUAAUUCACUAAUUAUAAAAUUUGAUAGUGUUAAACACGAAUUAGAAUCAAUUUAAAUUACAAAGAUAAACACAGUACUUUUUUAUUUUAAUUAGUUUGAGUUAAGUAAAUAUAAUAACUAUUUUGAAAUCUCUUAUUUUAGGAAAAAUACAGUAAACUGCCUAACUUUUCUUGUUGAAAAAUAAUUUGUUAUGUUUAUAAUUCCUCGUAGCCAAAAGUAACUGAUACUUUAGUUAACAUCACUAGUGCAAUUGCAGGAGGGUGCUUACUGGUGUUAAGCUAUAGCAAAAUGUAUCGACAAUAAUAAACUAUUAUCUUUAAAACAUAUAAAUAAAAUUUACUGUUACCUAAAUAAAAUUUAAUUUUUAUCAUAUUAAAUAUUAUGUUUUGAAUGAUCACAAAAUAAUUUAAAUAUAAUUACAUAAUGACUUAAUACUAAACACACAUAUAAUAUAUAAAUAGGUAUAUAUCACUUAUUGUUAUUGCUGUACAAGUUAAUUCAAAAUUAAUACAUUUUAUGAGGAGUGGAGAGGUCCUUUUCCAAAGCUUAUAUUCAUUUAUUUUAGAACAUUAAUUUUUUAAUAUAUUCUAUUGGAUAGCAUAUUUUAUAAAUAUGGAAUUAAGUUAAAAUCUAUGGAAAAAAUUGUAAUUCACCUUUCAAACAAUACUUAAUGUAUAGCCUUGUCAAAUUGUAUAACUUUUUUCCAAUUUUUAUUUAUAAAUUAAAUAACAUUCCAAAUUAUACAUUUAAUAUGUAAAUAUACAAUAAAUUAAGUAUACUGAAUAUUUUAAAUGAGAUUAUUAUUAAUUUAAUCAGCUUAAUAUGAUUGGAAACUUUAUUUACAUUUCUAAUAAUAUUUAUUAAUUUUGAUAAAUGGUUGUUUUUUAUUUUAAUGUAUGGCUCUUUAAUAUAGCAUGUUAAGUUUAAAAAAACUGUUACAAAAUUAGUAUUGCUCAAACUUGUUUUAUCUUUAUAUUAUGUGCCUUAUUGAACAUUUAUUUUGUGUAUCUAUCGAUAAAUAUAUGUAUUGUGGUGACACGUAUAAUACUACAGUUAUUAAUAAAAUAAAUAGUAUAACAAUUUUAGGAAACUCAAUGAAAAGUAGGCAUAGCUAUAAUCUUUUAUGAAAGUUAAAUAUUUGAUUAAAAAUUAUCACCAAAGUUCAUUAUGUACAAUAAUGGUGAAAUAUCAGAUAUUUAUAGAGGUCAAGACUUUAUACAUCGGUUUUAUAUACCAAUAUUUUAACUUAUAUUGUAUAAAAAUUGACAGAAUCCAUGUAAUUCAAUUUUUUAGACUAUUUUAUACGCUUUGUAAACAUUAUUGAAUAGUUUAUGUUUAUAGUAUCGUUUACAUUAUAUACUACAUGCUACAAGAUAUUAGAUGUUAAUAUUAUAUAUACGUCCACUGUCCACUGUUCCUAUACUUAUAUUAUAUGUUCACCUAUUUAGAAAAUUUACAUUAAAUAUUUUAUAGUACUUAAAAAUUAUGAUAAUGAUUUAUAAUAUAAUUAUAAUAUAAGAGUUUUCAUAAUAUUUAUACAUUGUAUUAAGGCAAAAAAAAAUAAUGUACAAUUCGUCCUAGAGACUCAUGACUUUUAUAACGACAAUUUUUUUGAAAUAAAUAUAUUGUGA